GUAAGUUUUAACUUGCAUAGGCCGAUAUUCACAAUAUCGCCCGAAACACGACCGAACUCCCUUUCAAUGCCGUCGCGCACGGAAAAGCGAAAGCCGCAAGUGCAAGCACAUCGGCAGAAAAGGCAAAAACAAGAUGCGAAAUCGCUAAAGAGAAAGCGAGAGCAGGUCUCUCUAGAGCAGCUCCAAGAUGCUGUUGACCAGUUCGAUCCCCAGACAGCAGAUAUGACCAAAUUCUCCAGCAUACCUCUUUCCGCUCCGACUACUUCGGGAAUCGAAGCCUCACAUUUUCAAACGCCUACGGAUAUUCAAGCUCGCGCUAUUCCAGCAGCUUUAAAGGGCCGGGAUAUUUUGGGAGCCGCGAAGACGGGAAGCGGAAAGACACUAGCGUUUCUGGUCCCUGUGCUCGAAAAGCUGUAUCGUUCUCAGUGGACUGAAUAUGAUGGUUUGGGAGCGCUGGUAAUAUCGCCUACUCGCGAACUUGCGGUUCAAACGUUCCAAGUCUUGACGAAGAUCGGAAGGUUUCACUCAUUUUCUGCUGGGUUGGUGAUUGGGGGCAAGAGCUUGAAGGAAGAAGCGGAGCGACUGGGUCGCAUGUCUAUUUUGAUAUGUACGCCGGGAAGAAUGCUUCAACACCUGGAUUCCACUUCAGGCCUUCAAGUAGACAACUUGCAGAUACUGGUGCUCGACGAGGCAGACCGGAUUAUGGACAUGGGUUUCAAGUCCGCCAUUGAUGCCCUAGUGGAACAUUUACCUAGAGAGCGCCAGACCUUACUUUUUUCUGCUACACAGUCGCGCAAAGUGUCAGAUCUUUCCAGGCUAAGUUUGAAGGACCCCGAAUACAUCGCCGUACACGAAAGCGCUGCAGCGUCUACGCCCGAAUCCCUUCAGCAGCAUUACCUCGUUACUCCCCUCGCUUCAAAAUUAAACACGUUAUAUGGCUUCAUAAAAUCAAAUCUCAAGAGUAAGAUCUUGGUUUUCUUCUCGUCGGGAAAGCAAGUAAGAUUUGCUUUCGAGACCAUGAGACACCUUCGGCCAGGUGUGCCACUUUAUCAUCUUCUAGGUGCUCAGAAACAAGCACAGAGAUUGCAAAUUACAGCUAGCUAUGCUGCCUCAAAACACGCAUGCCUUUUCGCCACCGAUGUCGUCGCGAGAGGAGUUGAUUUCCCGUCAGUAGAUUGGGUGGUUCAGGUGGAUGCACCUGAAGAUGUUGACACAUAUAUCCAUAGGGUUGGUCGGACAGCCCGUUUCAAUAAAGAUGGAAAAGCUGUUCUCUUUCUAGAUCCCAGUGAGGAAGAGGGCAUGCUGAAACGUCUCGAUUCCAAAAAGAUUCCCAUCAAGAGAGUCAAUGUGCGCGAAAAUAAGAAACAGGCCAUCGAUGAGUCAGUUCAAAAUAUGGUCUUUAAAGACCCUUCUCUUAAGUAUCUAGCCUCGAAAGCGUUUAUUUCUUAUGUCAAAUCGAUAUAUCUUCAGCGAGAUAAGGAAGUAUUUAGCCUCAAGAAUCUGGAUCUCGAAGCCUACGCCGCGUGUUUAGGUUUACCAGGCGCACCUAUAAUCAACUUCGAGAAAGGAGAAGACGUUAAGCGGUUGAAGAACAUGCCGCGAGCUGCCCUUUCCGACUCAGAUUCUGAGCUAGACCCUGAAAAGAAGAAGCGAAAAGUCAGGACGAAGACGGAUAAGAUGUUCGAACGUACCAACCAGGACGUCCUCACCGAUCAUUACACCAAAUUGAUAGGGGACGGUACUAAUGAGGCUGCUAAGGACGAUAGUGACGAUGAUUUCUUAGCAGUGAAGAGAGUGAUUGAGGGUGACGAUUUGGACGCGGUCGCGGAUGAUAAAGCGGCGUUACCGUCGGGAACCAAGAUGAUACAGGGUCUCGGCGGCGAGGAGCCAUUCAUAGUCGAUUCAAAGAGGAGAGAGAAGAUGUUGAAAUCGAAGAAGAAGAUGCUCAAGUUCAAGGGCAAGGGCGACCACAUAGUGUUCGAUGAAGAAGGCGUCGCGCACCACCCCUACCGAAUCCAGGGCGAGGAAGACUUCCAGCGCGACGGUUCUGCGGAGGCCCAGCGGCGGAAGUUCGUCGAGGACGAGGCGGCCAGAGUUAAAGAGGCGGAUGUUAGCGAUAAGGCCGUUGUCAAGGAGAAGCGGCGGGAGAAGAAAGAAAAACGCAAGGCUCGUGAGGCCAUGGAGAAUGGUCUGGCUCCUGCUGCUGCUAUGCCCAGACUGGAGUCACUCGACGAUGAUGGCGAGGACCCGCUUGCACUGUUGGCUUCACUACCUGUUGCGGGAGGGGCACACAGCGAUGCUGGUGAGAGCGAGGAUGAAGAACGGCCGAAGAAGAAGGCGAAGAAAUGGUUUGAGGAUGACUCGGCUGACGAGAAGAAGACAAAGAAGGGAAAGAAGGGCCGUGGCAAAGUCAUCGAGAUUGCGGAGGAACUGGAUACCCUGGAGGAUUACGAAGCGCUUGCUGCAGGCUUGUUGGACGAUUGAGAUGUAUAUAUUAACUUUACUGACUGUUUUCAUUUCCGUUUGGUUUUCGGCUCGCGAGAAAUGCCAUUGAGGAUGUCAUAGAAAUACCCCCCUAGUGGCAAUGUCUGACCGGCGUCACAUUGAACACUUGAUUUCAAAUGAUCGAUCA